AUGCCCCCUUUAGGGCCUGUUCAGCCGCUGCGGCUGCCGCUUGAAACGAUCUGGCGAAGGGCCGUUGAGAUAGUGGAGCGCCUCACCGGGUUUACUCUUGUCCCGGUUUCUCCUGCUCCGGGCGAGACUUGGCACUGGAGUGUUUUGAAGUUUGAGUUGCAUCCAAUAGAGAGGGGGUGGGAGCUGGGGGGCCCCCUGACUCGUGCAUGCGUUGUUGAGGAGAAAGGCAGCCUGAGGCAAACCCCCUGCUGCGCUUUGGUUUCUAACUUUGAACCCCCAGCCCGCUUUUAUAGUUUCGAUAAAGGGUUCGACGUUUAG